GUCACGCGCUGUCUGUCAAAAGGCGGGGUUUACAAAUACGAAGUAACUUGUUCGCCAGUUUGCUGUAAAGGUGACAACAUUGUAGCAGGGAGAUGUUCAACUUCUACACGCACGCCCUCGCGUCUGUGCAGGGUUCUCUUACCAAAAUCUGGUUAGCAGCACACUGGAAGCAGAAGGUCACCAAGGACCAUGUUUUUGAAUGCAAUUUAGAAAGAACCAUUGGAGAUAUAAUUUCUCCACAGAUGCAAAUUGGUUUACGGACUUCUGGAUAUUUACUUCUUGGUGUGGUUAGGAUCUUCUCCAGAAAAGCCAAGUAUCUUCUAGCAGACUGCACUCAUGCCCUGGUCAAAAUUAAAGUGGCAUUCCGGCCAGAUGAAACACAAAUGCCUGUUGAAGGACUUGAGGCCACAGUAAAAAAAAUCACCUUGAGAGAAGAUUUUACUUCCUUCAAUGACCAGCUGCCUCACUCAAAUGACAUAGAUGUGGAUUUGAAUUCCUUCUCACUUAACCAAAGUCGACCGGAUGAAAUCACUCUUAAGGAGGAUUUUGGAAAUGCCUUUCUGAACUUGACUGACAUUGGAGAUGAGUCCCAGUGUUUCCAGGAUUGUCAGCUUGAUAUAAGCUUCCGAAAUAACGACUCAUUUGGGGAUGAAGGUACUGGAUUGGAUUUACUCGACUUUCUGACAAAUGACAGCGAUUGUGCUAUUUUCACUGACAUCAGCCCAGAAACGCCACAAAACGACAAUCCAGAGAAUACUUCACUGAAUGACCAGCAUGGUGCUGACAGAGGAGAUCCUGCAGAGGAAGAGUACCCGAGCCCGCUGGCUAAUGAGCAGGCGACCUUCGCCCUUGCGCCUGUGCUGGCAACUUCAAGCGCAAAGAAGAAGAGCGGAAAGAGGAAGUGCAGGCUAAUUGUGGACCGAAUGACAAUGCUGACCAAUAAAGCUAUGCAAAAGCAGCUCAGCGACUACUCCAAUCUGGUUGUCCCCAUGGACAUGGCUCCCCCCACCAGGCAGGUCAUGCUCUGGAAAGAAGGGGGCGCUGCAGUCAAACUGCUGGCACAGCUGUGCACCAAUGUUAUAGCGCCAGAGAUUAAAGAGACUUUUAAAAAGAGUGUUUACCUGGUGGUACAUACAUACAAUGCAUUUGAUGAUGUGGAGGUCAUGCGGCAGGAUGACCAUGAAGCGCACAGAAACUUGAGCACACUCAACACUGAAAGCCUCGAGGAUCCAUCCAGAGAUCACAAGCUCACAGACACCCAUUACUCAAGCUACAACCAGACUGACUUAGAGCUCACACAAGAUGAACACAGAUUGGACUUUAGUCAUCCAGAUCUUCCAUCAGAGCACUCCAUCUUUGUCCAUCCAUCUCACUUGGAACAGAACAAUCAGUCUUUGAUGGGCAGCCAAGACUUGGAGGCACAGAGGGUCAACAGACAAGCACAGAAGUUUCUGAAAUCACUACAACGUACCAGUGAUACGAGGUUCAGCCUGAAGGACCUCUGUGCAAGAAGCACCCGCUCCCAGGCAGCCUCCAUCUUCUAUUUUCUGCUGGUCCUAAAGAAACAACAGUCUGUGGACCUGCAGCAGAGUGCUCCUUUCGAGGACAUCUUUGUCACCCCUGGACCUACAUUUUUUUCAUAGGUGAAAGGAAAGUCAACUUAUCACAAGAGUUGUUAAGUACAAGUAGGAGUAACGAGUUUGUGUUACUACACUUGUAGAAAAAAGUUUAUUCAUUAUGUUUGCAUGUUAUACACUUAUUUUUAAGUGGAAUGCAACAAAUGUAUUUAUUGUUAAUGUUAAGUUAUAUUGAAAAACAGCACUUUCAUGUUCAUUGUUUUGUUGAGUUGGUUGGUCCUUGUCUUUGUGACGUUAACAUAUUGUUGGAGAUGAAAUUCUCCACAACCCCCUAAAGGUCAAAGGACCACUUUGGAAAAUUAAUUAAGCCAAUUUCACCUCCCCCUCUCGUGCUCUUUAAUCUCCAGUUAAGAGAAGGAAGAAAGACUCUCACACCAAAUUAGAUUUUUUUCCAAAUGUGUUAAAGAAUACGUCAGGCAUAAUAAUUGAAAAAUAAGUCAGACAGGAUAGUUCUCCACAGCUUACAGGACCCUGCACCCCGUUUCAUUCACCUGCACCCAUCUCCUGGCUGAAAUGAAAGAGAGCUCCCCCUGAUCGUCCCAUAGACAUGUUUAUACUUGUUUGCUCAAACCAUUCGCGUCAGUCUCUCCAAAGAUUCUUUGGAGGGACUUUCUCCUGAUUCUUUCUUCUGAAUUCCUUGACAAAGCUUGUGAUACCAGCAGAUGAUAGCUGGCUCCCUCGCCGUCCCGCUAGCACUUGUAACUUGUAGACUUGUGUAGUUGUUGACACAAACAAAACAUUCUUUGCUCCAGCCAAUGUUUCUGUUUUGACUACACGUAUUCUGGGCCUUAUCUGGCUGGUGACCCUGGCUGAUGUCAGCUGUUCUGCCCCAUCACUUUUCUGUUUGACCUUUGACACACUUAAACCGUUUUCAUCUACUCAGCCAAUUAUUUAAUACAGCAUUAGUUCUAUAAACUACUCAUAAUCAUUCACUAAGUUAUUAGAUUCAUUGAUUAAACAGUUAUACUGUACUUAUUUUAAGACACUCAACAAUAAUUCAAUCAAUAAACAUCAAUACAAACAGUUAUUCUACAAUCUACUU